GCCGACUUCCAGGGCUACCUAAACCUCGCUGUGUUAUCGAUAUCUGGCCAAAAUAUCUCCAGGGCUCUCCGUGUAUUCUUUACUUUCUUAUUCUUAUUCUAAUACGACUCGAACACGCAAUCGCCCUUACGUAUCGACGACUUAACAAGCGGUAUUGCACCUCGAACGAUAUCAUGCACCUAAUUCGGUAACCACCCCACAAAUGGACUUCAUCCGCAACGACGUGAUCAUCGAGCAGCAGCAAGAAUCAUGUUCGCCAACAUCACAUCUGCUCCGGCCAAGCAGUCCGUCAGCGAGACAAUAACUAUUCUCAGCGGCCGACUAAGCUCCGCUACCCUCCUCGAAGAUCGCCGUGCUGCUAUCCUCGGUUUACGAAGUUUCGCUAAAGAGUAUCCCGCUUCAGUUGCGUCGGGUGCACUGAGAAGUCUUAUAGGGAGCUUGUCUAAAGAUGGCGAAGAUGUCGAUACUGUCAAGGUUGUCCUUGAAACAUUGUUGAUGCUCUUCAACCCGAAUCCAGACAGCCCUGAAGCUUCGGAAGAGAUUGCACUCUGGUUAGCUGACGAAUUCACUCAACGACAAGAGAACAUUACGUUACUCUUAGACUUUCUCGAAACCAACGACUUCUACUCCUGUUUAUACUCCCUACAGCUACUCCUUGCAAUUCUCUCCGCUCGCACCGAAAGAACCGAGAUAUGUGUCUUUACUGCCCCCCUUGGUAUAUCGAGGCUAGUUGCCGUCCUUGACGAUCGAAGGGACGCCGUUCGUAAUGAGGCUCUCACUCUCCUCACCUAUUUGACACCUUCGUCGCCCGAUAUCCAGAAGCUUGUGGCUUUUUCAAACGUAUUUGGGCGUGCAUUUACCAUAAUAGAAGCUGAAGGAUCGUUAUUUGAAGGUGACAGGAUAGUCGAGGAUUGUCUUAUUCUUCUUGCCAACCUUCUGCGCUUGAACCCAUCGAACCAAAGCCUAUUCCGCGAAGAGGGCUAUAUCCCACAAUUAGCUAAAUUAUUGGAGAGUACGUAUCACCCUGGGAAGGGAGGCGAAGAGGACGUUGCCGGUUGGGCCCAGGAGCAGCGCAACAGAAAUAUAUAUGCUCUACUUGCAGUCAUUCGGCUGUUCCUUGUCCCUGGCGCCGUUGGCACGUUGCAAAAUCAAGCAGCUUUUUGGCAGCAUGGCGUGCUCUACCACGCCUUACAACUUGCCUUUAGCCAUGGUGCAGAGCUACCAAUCAGAGCAGAGGCUUUGACGACUUGUGCCGAUAUCAUUAGAGGUAAUCCCAAACUACAAGAGACCUUUGCACAAUUGCAGGUUCCUUCAGUACUAGAAACGGACCCACCAACCAAUGGACAGGCAGGGAAAUCGAAUGGUAUUCCGGCUGUCUAUGUAAUUGACGGCCUUCUGGAUCUUACGUUAAGUGUACCAACACCACAAGCGUUUGAUCUACGAUUAGCCGCAUGUCAAUGUAUUAAAGCAUAUUUCUUCAACCAUCCCGACGUCCGCUUACACUUCCUACGAAGGGCAAUCGAAGGACAUGCAUCCGGUGUAGACGAAACAGCCAAUGUAUUGACUACUUUACUCCGACCGUCUGAUAGUUCGUCGCCGAUAGAUCCUUAUCGGCAUUGGUUUGCCGCUGUCAUCACUUUCCACCUUAUUUUUGAAAAUGUCGAAGGAAAGGCUCUUGCUAUGGCCGUGACGGAAGGUGACGCGGAUAGCGGCGAAGAAGUCGUGACAAGCAUUCAAACCAUCACUGCUCACCUCGUCAGUAGCCUGGCUAGAUCGGAUGACGAUCGAAUUUCUGUGGGUUAUUUGAUGUUAUUAAUUGGAUGGCUUUUCGAAGACCUCGACGGGGUUAAUGAUUUCCUAGGCGAAGGCAGCAAUAUCCAAGCAUUAGCGCAAGUAGUUGUACAACACAACUCGAGCAGCGCCAUUGUUCAGGGCUUAUGUGCAAUGAUCCUAGGGGUUGUCUAUGAAUUCUCGACAAAAGACUCUCCGAUUCCUCGAUCUACUUUACACUCUGUCCUUACAUCCCGAAUGAGCCGGGAUAAAUACAUUGAUACUCUAAAUAAGUUACGAAGUCACCCCUUCGUAAGAGAUUUCGAGGUUCUUCCACAGAAACUCGACAAUACAGGCAACCUACCGGACGUUUAUUUCGAUGCAACGUUCGUGGAUUUCUUCAAGGACAACUAUAGUCGUAUGAUAAGAGCCAUAGACCGUGACCCCGGCAUGGAAAUAUCUGUGGUAACCAAUGGCAUACAAAAGGGCAUAUCUCGCGAAAUGGUGGAUUCAUUGCGUGCGCAACUCGACGAAAAAGAGCGAGCAUUGCAAGCAACAUUAACCGAUAUGUCCUCACUUGAAGGAAAGCUCGGUCAAGAACAAGCAGACCAUCGACGAACCAAAGAAUCUUCCACUGCGGACUUGGCCCGAAUAAAAAAUGUCAACGAAGCUAUACAAAAACACCAUGACGAGGAAAUUAAGAAAAUCGAGGCACAGCAACGAUCAAAAGACGAAGCCCAUCAAAAGCAGCUAGAAGCCCUCAAAAAAGAGGCAGCGAAGGCCGCGGAAGGUAUUUAUGCUGAUUAUCGUGAGAAGCAAGCCGAAUUACAAAGGCAGCUCGAAUACGUUCGCAAAACCGCGGAAACGGAAGCGGCGCGCAUCCAGCGACGCUCUGAAGCAGACAUGGCCGAUCUUCGUGCUACAAUUAGCCGUCUCGAGGUUGAUCUCAUGAAGGCAAACAAAGCAAAGACCGAGGAAUUACAUGCUGCUCAGGAAGAAUUUUCCGCCAAGCUGUCAGCCGAAGAAUCAAAGACAGAAACAGUUGAAGCACGAUGUUCGAAUCUUGAGAAGCAGGUAGCAAAUCUUAAGAAGCAAUUGUCACUAAAGGACGAAGAGUUAGAAGAGUCUCGAACGCAAUUGGAAGAAAAGGAGGAGCAGAAAUCUGCUAUUCAAACCGAACUUGACGAUCUUUUGAUGGUAUUUGGCGAUCUGGAAGAAAAGGCUGAGAAGUAUAAGAAACGACUUGCCGAUCUGGGCGAAACUGUAUCAGAUGAUGAAGACGAAAACGAGGACGACGAUGAAGAUGAUGCCGAUGACGAUGAUGUGGAUUGAAUGUCUUUGGCGUUUCCAAAUAAGGUACAGACACAAAUGAGAUGCUUAUAAAUAGUUCAAUUGAAACGGCCGCCAAUACCCCUGAUUUAGGAAAAAGGCAUAGAUUUCAGCAAGAGACUGAGAAUACUUCCCCCCCUUAUGAAUGUAACACCUCUUGGGAAAAAGUAUGAUUAUAUGCAAAUAGCGUGUAUGAUGCAGUAUCUACUAAAGUGGAUAAGCACUUAUCCGUGCCGCUAUUAUGCUUUAGCUACCAAUAUGUCCACAAUUAUAACAAAUUCUUAAGCGA